AUGGGUCGUUGCUGGGAGGACGUGAAACUGCUCUGUGAACCAGAGGUGAGCGUCAAGGAACACAAGUGUGUAGAUAAAUACGAUAUGGGUGGCCUGGUGAAGGUGGCGGUGCUGGUGACCUGCGUGAUGGGUGUGGCUCUCUCGCUACCAAUGCUACAGUUUCACCUGGGAGCCUCUGAGAGGGACUCGGCUGUGUCGCUCAAGGUGCUACGCCAACCCGAGAAGGACCACCACACACAAGGUGGCGCCGACCUGCCACAGGAGAAGAAAGAUUACAUCUACCAAGAGAUCGUCCAGACCAUCCACGACCAGCUGAAGGAAGAAGUGACUCAAGACUACAACCAGGUGGGGGAGGUGGACCAGAUGGAGUAUUCGGACGAGGUGAAGGGCCUGCUAGACACUGUAGGCACUGACCCUGCUGACCCCGACGCUGUGGCCUUCCUUCUGCCCCUCCGAGGUCACACCCGUUAUCUUGGCCUUAGCUACGGGCGGCGGCUGAAGCAGGUGCUGGAGGAGGAGAAGCAGCAGGAAGAGUUGAGGCAGAAGUUGGAUGAGGAGAGGCAGCGGGAGAUGGAUGAGAAUCAGCAGGAGGCGGGCGAGAAGAGGCAAGACCACCCCUCCAUCAACAACUCCUCCAGGUUCCUCCCCAGCAGCGUCCUAGUCAGAGACUCCCAGAGCGACCCGGACCUGGCCAGGCAGUUGACGGAGCACUUCUAUGGGGUCCACGGCACCACCCAUUACUUCGGCUACCUGACGGAUGAGGAGGCGCUGACGGUAGCUCACUGGGCGAGGGCCAAAGCUCCAGGAGCGAGGUUUGUGACGCCAACGGCAACAACAACUUACCUGGAGGGAGCCAGAAAUAUAGUGAAGGUGCAGCCGUCAGCAAAGUUGUUGGCGGCGGCCGUAGGAGACUUCCUGACCCUGGUGCAUCAUCCCCGUCCAUUGGUGUUGGCGCGAGCAUCUCUCCACACGGACGCUUUCCUCGCUCACCUUCGUGACAUUGGCAUCCGUCCAAUCAAGGUGCUUCACUACUACGAGACGGCCGACAUGGAGCAACUGGCGGAGCGAUUGAAAGGUCAACUGGUCAUAACUCCAAGCCCUGUCCUUCUACUGGGCACCGCUGACACCUGGCGCCUCAUCAGGGCAGCUGACAGUAUCUUCCCUGCCGUCUGGAUUCUGCCCUUCCAGACGCAGAUACACGAUCGCAUGCGGACUAACCAGUCUGAGCUGCUGACCUUCAUGUACCGUGCUCACGACGAUACUCCAGGAGGUUUCCUGAGAGAGAAUCCACUUCUUUCGCCCACUGAAUCCAUAGUGGCAGCUUCCAAGUUGCUGUUGACUGGCGGACAACGGACGUGGCGAGGGUCAUAUGUAGUGGCUGCGUCCGUUCCCGUGAACUCUGUGGCUGCCAGUGUGAGGCUGGUGGGCACCUCCCUAGAUGGAUGGCUGCCCCUCCUGCAGUAUGACGUCACUCGUCAUGGUUUAAGUCGGCGGUUGUAUCAGGAGCUGCUGGUGACUCGGGAGGUGCUGAAGCCUCUGGUAUCUGGUGAAGGAUGUACUCUGGUGCUGCGCUAUUUAGAGGAACUAACAGGUUCAAAGAAGGUGAACGAGGUGGAUAUACACCCAUCAUUACCUACCUUGUUAGUGCCAGCUGAACGAGGCGCCCAGCUACACGUUGACUGCUCGCGCCAACACACAGACCUUCGAUGUUCCGCCCCUGAUGGAGUGUGGGGACCUGUCACGUGUCACGGAGCACUACAGGGGCGACACAGGUUCCAGACUGAAUGUGGGAAGGAAGUGGGGGUGACCAUAGCAGCGUCACGGGGGUGCACAGCUGCCAAGGGUCUGGUGUGUCGGGGAGGACGCUCCCUUGGCUGCUUGCUGUCAGGUUUGUGUUCCUCUCUAACGCAGAACGCACCACUUUACGACUGUGCUGGACUACACGUGGGCACCCUAAAUUAAAUGUUAAUUAUGACUAUAGUUUAAGUUUUAAUAAGUUCUGUUUUGCGUGAUAUAUUGUACAAAUGAUGAAUGU